UAUAUUAUGAGCUGUGUGUCUGUGGUGAUUGAGUUGAGGUAGAGAGAGAGAGAGAGAGAGAGAGAGAGGCGCGAAAAUGAGCGGAACGAAGGGGAAGAAGAAGGGGGCGAGCUUCGUGAUCGAUUGCGCGAAGCCGGUGGAGGAUAAGAUAAUGGACAUAGCUUCCCUUGAGAAGUUCCUUCAGGAGAGGAUUAAAGUUGGCGGCAAGGCCGGUGCACUCGGUGAUUCCGUUACCGUCACUCGGGAAAAGAGUAAGAUCACCGUCACCUCCGACAGCAACUUCUCUAAACGGUAUCUCAAAUACUUAACCAAGAAGUACUUGAAAAAACACAAUGUGAGGGAUUGGCUUCGGGUGAUUGCCUCCAACAAGGAACGGAAUGUCUAUGAGUUGAGAUACUUCAACAUUGCUGAGAAUGAGGGUGAAGAGGAAGACUGAAAAUAUAAAUCUCUGUCGAGAGGCAUUCUGCAUUAGGCAUAAUUAUUGUUGACUCUCUUUUAUCUGUGUUGUUAAUUGACUUGUUACUGGUUGUUUCAGUAUUCUUGCGUUUAAUUUGGAAACCAACUUUAUGCUCUCUUGAAGUUUUAUAGUGAUUAUUGGAGAAGUUGUCCUAAAAAUUUAGAUGUAGUUCAUGCAUCUUAUAUGUUGGCAUGGCGUUUUUUUUUUUUGUUACCCUUUACUUUUACAGUGAGAGAUGUGCUUUUGAGUU